CAGUGAGAAGGCAAGGGGUGGCACAAGGAGGCUGAUGGAGUUUAUUGUGCUGUCUGACCUGCCGUUUAAUAUUGUGGAGAACCCUGCAUUUCAACGGCUGCUAACUUACUUUGAUCCACGCUACCGCCUCCCAGGGCACACGUAUUGCGGUGAGACAGGUCUGAGUGAGCUACACCGGGAUGUCCAUUCACGUGUAGAGAGCCUUCUGAUGGAAGGCAAUCCUUCUAUCAGUUUCACUACAGACAUUUGGUCCUCAGACGUCAGCCCAAUGUCACUACUGAGUUUAACGGCCCAGUGGAUUGAUUCAAACUUUAAACUCCGAGCUGCGGUCCUACACGCACAGGAAUUCCGCGAGUCACAUUCUGCUGCAGCGUUGGUGACAAAAUACGAGAACAUGCUCCAGACGUGGCAGAUUCCCAGAGAGAGAGAGUCCACGUCGUACUGCGGGAUAAUGCCGCAAACAUGGCAAAAGCCAUGCGUGAAGGAGGACUGCCGACUUUGCCAUGCAUGGCACACACACUUCAACUAGCGAUCCACAACGGGUUAUUGGCACAGCGCAUGAUAACGGACAUCCUCGCGACGGGGAGACGCAUCAUCGGGCACUUUAAACGCUCUCCUCAAGCAUACUGUGCAUUUCAUGAUGUGCAACAACAGCUGGGCCAGAAUAUUAAAAAGUUCCAGCAAGACGUUACCACCCGGUGGAACAGCAGCUUUUAUAUGUUCCAAAGCCUGCUGGAGCAAAAACGCGCAUUGGCUGCUUAUGGAGCUGAGCAUGAAGUUCCUGCUUCCUUCAAUGCCAACCAGUGGGGUCUGAUAGAACACAUCAUAACAAUUCUGGAACCAUUCGAGGAGCUCACAAGAGCAAUAAGCUCAUCCACUGCAUCAGCUGCAGACGUGAUUCCAUCUGUGUUGGCUUUAAAACGGUUCCUGAGCAGAGAUGCCCCAUCAGAUCGUGGUGUGGGGACUGCAAAAGCUGAGCUACUGAGAGCUGUAACCAGGAGAUUCGAUGGGAUUGAAGAUGAACCCCUCUACAGUUUGGCAACUCUAUUAGACCCAAGGUACAAGGAUCGAUGCUAUUCUGCAGAGCUGAAGGCACACACACGGGAGCAGCUUUUAGAGCUGCUGGAUGCACAGACAGUCCCUGAUGAAGCACAAGGACCUGAAGCCAGCAGUGCAGAUGAGCCAGCUGAGAAGAUAGCACGACCCGGUUCCUUGUCAUCGAUGUUGGGUGAGAUCAUGCAAGAAAGGCCACAGCAAGCCACUACAGCAAUGUCACAGCUGAAUCUCUACCUGUCAGAGCCUGUCAUCCUUCAGGAUGCUGACCCCCUGGCUUACUGGAGAGCCAAUCAGGAUCGCUUUUCUGCCCUCACCACUGCUGCAAGAACUUACCUGUCUGCACCCUGCACUAGUGUGGACAGUGAGCGCCUAUUCAGCACUGCAUCCAACAUCCUGGAUGCUCAAAGAAGCAGGCUUUUAGCCAGGAAAGUUGAGAUGCUCCUCUUUGUUAGAAAGAAUCUGCCAUUGAUGUUUGAAAAGGCAUAAGCAUUUGGCCUAAGUAAUAUGGCAAGUUUACAAUCACCCCAUCCCAUUUUGAAUUUUAUUUUACUUGUACUGUAUAGAGCUACCUGGCUGCUAUUUAUUUUAUUUAUUGGAAAUACAGGUGGCCUGGGUGCCAUAUUUUCUGUUGACCUGGGUGUCAUUAUUUAUUUUUUAGUUAAAAUGGUAGCCAGUAGCCAGUGUUCUGGUGCAGCAUUACUGCCCUUAAUUUUGUUAAUCACUAAGUUGUGUAUCAGUGUUCUGAGGCAGCAUUACUAAUACUGACCUAGUGCCCUUUAUUUGCACAAGUAUGACUGUUAAUUAAUGUUUUGAGGCAGCAAUACUGUCUUUUAUUUGCACAAGUGUGUAACUGUUAAUUUCAUGGAUGUAUAUGAAUGUUUUGAGGCAGCCUUCUAUUUGUACUAGAGUUACAGUCUGUGACUGUUAAUUUCAUUGAUAUGCUGCUGUAUGUUUGAGGCAGCAUUACUGUCCUUAAUUUGCAGUAUUUACUUGUUACAGGA